AUGUUCACUUCGGAGGGGGGAGGGGGGGCAGGAAGACAAGACACGAGAGCGAGACAAGAAAAGUUCGGCGUGUUUCUGCGAAAGCGGACGACUCUAGCCAUGGAGGCAUUCCUGUGCACGGUGGCGGCGUGCAUCCUGGUUGCCCUGAGCCAGGUGCUGCCGCCCUACAGCCGCGGUCCCACGGUGACGGACGCCGGCGCGGGGGGCGGCGGCGGGGCGUGCUACAUGAUGAUGGAGUGGAAGUUCCUCCUCCCCUUCUGCGUCCUCCAGACGGUGAUCUUCGGCGUGCUCGGGUGCAAGCUGCGGAACGUGGACGACCUGCUGAACAUCUCGAGCGAGCUGCGGGUGAACUUCAUGCUCUACCUGCUCUUCUGCUUGCCGUACUUCGUGCUAACGCUGCACUACCGUUACCGCACCGAUGAGGAAGUGCCGACGUCCCUGCAGCUGCUGAUCUCCGCCAUGGUCGUGCUCGCGAUGGUCAACACCAUGUGGGCGAGCGUCGGAGGCCUGGAAGACGCCUUCGAUAUGAUGGGUUGGGACUAUCGCUCGGCGUUCUUCUACGGGGGCGGCGACGAGGAGGGGGAGACUUCCACCUGGGGACCCUCUUCGCACGGCACGGGGAGCGCCGCAAGCGUGGUCGCGGAGCCUCACAGAGGGACAACGACGAGAAGCGACGUGAAGAGAUGGAGGCAGCACUAUUCCGACGUCCCGAGCAUCAUGCGCAACGCCAACAUGGCGGCGGCGUUCGGCGCCCUGGCGAACCGGUUCCUCUGCGCGGAGUCGUACAACUUUCUCGUGUCCAUCGCCGAGUACCGCGCCUUCACGGGCAUGGGCGCGGGCCCCGGCCUCCAGCACCUGCUAUUCAUGGACCUGUGCAAGGCGUUUGUGAUGGUCAACUCGGAGCAGGAGAUCACCAUCAGCCAUGACCAGAGGCAGCAGAUCCUUCGGUACAUGGCCUACCGCGAGUUUUCGCCGCUGAGGGAGUCGGAGAGGGCCGACAUUUUCCUCGACGCCGAAAGAGAGGUGUGCCAGAUGCUGCAGCUGAACCUGGUGUCCACCUUCCACAACUCGACCGCGUUUACGGAGGUGCGUUGUCAUUGUUGUUGUAAGGACUAUGGGUCCACCCAGGGUUUCCCACAAGGUGCAUGUUUCCGGGUGUUGCAGCACAGCGAGCAAAACACUGCUGUUGCGCCUGUUUUGGUUUUAGCCUCCACGUUUUGCGUGAAGUCUUGA